AUGGCCAAAUAUUCAAGAAAAAACGGAACCAGUUCCUUCGUGAGCAAAGCAGCUAUAAGCUUGCCGGCGGUUGUUAGCGAUGAGGAUGCGCGUCGCAGGACAGUGUUCAAUCCUCUAGAUUUUAUCACCCUUGAACUAUAUCGAAAAAAUCCUACGGGCAACAAUAGAGGACAAUAUUCUAGGGAGGAUACAAUACAUUAUCUUGGUGACAUUCCUUGGGUUAAAGAAGAAUGGGCGCAAAGGCCCAGAAAGCCUCUUCCGCUUAGUUUCCAAUGGAGCGAUAGCCAGGCGGCAGUUGUUCUGCAGUCAUACUGGAGAGGCUGUUUGGUAAAUCUUAAUUGCAAAAUACGUUGUUUCUCAUUUCCAUAG